ACGUGGCCUGCGGAAACAGGAUGGGCGGAAAUGAGCUAAGGUUCCCGCGAGUGGGGAAGCGCUAGGUCAAAUCUGGGGCCACGCCCCCGAACCUGUUGCACAACUCUUGGAGGAAAAAAAAAUAAGGUGAUCACUCUACUGUAGAAGAAAUGGGGUUAACAAACAAGAGCGAGGGAGAACGACAGCUCAUGCCCAACAACUCUGAUGCGCCCAAUGAAGAUCAAGGUGAAGAAAUCCAACAGCCAGAAGAGCGUACUCCAGCAGGGCAGCGAACACAAAGAGGAGGCACAUAGCCAUCCAGAUGUUGAUUGCCUUCACGUAGGACACCUGCAACAUCCACCAAUGGAACAGUCAACUUUCCAGGAGUCCUUCCAUGGCCUAUCCAGUGAGUUGCCAACCCAUAUCAACUGCCUGCUGUUCUUCAGUUUUAUCCUGAAUUUCUUCUGGUUUUUAAAGAAACCAUGAUGGUUUCCCAUGAUAUGUCCCAUGAUAUGUCCCAUUGUCUGAAGGCCCAUGUCAAAGAGAUCAGGCUACCCAUCAUCCUUCACCUCUCUGCCCUCUCCACCCUCCACUUCCAUCUGCCUUUCCUCCUUACACUUCUUUUCCUUUCUUUCUUUCUUCUUUCCGUACUUCUGCUUCUGCUUCUUAUUAUUCUUUUCAUUCUUGUCUUCUUCUGA